AUGCCGCCAACCUCAGUGCAAAUCGCUGCACAGUCAAAUGAUCGUAGUGUCCCUGACUCCAAGCUGGGGCGUCCAGAGAAUAACCCGGAGCCUGCGGAUGCAAUUUCCAGCACUACUCCUCAAAGUGGACCGAGAGCCGUCUGUUCCUCGUAUGGCCAGACUGCAUUGCCCAACAUAUCUGCAGGGCCCAAGCCGUCAUUCAAUGCUCGGGGCUCCAUGAUAUCCCUACUUUCUGCCCCGACUCGCCCCCGAGGAAAUUUGAAUCCGAAGGACUUUGCUCGUUCUACUCGUCGUGGACAGGUGUCAAUCUCGCAAGCAGCCCCUCCCACAGGCCCGCGCAAUGGUCACAUCCCGACUGGUCCGAGUGUUGACUCCGAUCGGCAGCAUAUCUAUCGGCAAAACAGCUUCUCUGGGACGUCUUAUCCCCGCCAAAGGCCCACCAAUUACCUUGCCAGCCUCAAUAUAAUUGUCCCAGGAGGCAGAUUUCUGACACACGAUCUGGAUACUGCUGUGGAAAAAAGGCUUGCCCAGUUAGAGAUGGACAAAGAACGGCUAUAUGAACAAAUUGCCGAUAGCCAAAGGCUAAAGCACGUUGUCAUUAGAGACUGGGAGAGGCUAGAUAGAGAGAGCUCUAUUUGUGCCUUGAAGAGUGAGUUAGCCGAGGGUCAUUUGCUAUGUAUAACUGAUGGCGAGAGCAUGCAUACAAGUACCACAUUUUGA